CAUAAUUGAUUGGAAAAAUCAUAAAAAAACAGACAAGUCAAAAUGGAAAAAUAAUUGGAACUUUCCUGGCAAUGAUCAACAGCUUUGGUCCCUAAUUGCUUCAAAUUUCAGCUGAGAUAGAGAUAGCUUCUCGCACCCGAAAUCAAAAAGAUUUGUUUCAUUCUCAUUUCAUAUGUGAAAUCAAUUCUUACACACUUUAGACAACAUGACACAUAUUUUAAUCCAAAUUUGGAGAUGGUUGAUGCAGCCAAAGGUGUGGAGAUUUAUAGGCUUUGCUUCAGCUGUUGUUGGUCUGGUCUGUUAUGCUUUAAGCUCUUCCUUCAACUAUCUCUUUGGCGAUUGGAAUUUUCUGAAACUUUUUCUUUAUAUUAUUUUCAGUUUCAUCAUAUGUUUUGUGAUUUUAUUUGCAAAAUUAUUGCAACAUUCGAGGAGUCUCCGGUUCAAAGCUCAUACCGCAUUUUUGGUAUUGACAAUAACCUCUGUUUAUUCCUUUUUCUUCGAUAAAGUGAUGAAUGGGAAACCAGAUGCAUAUAGUUUAAUUUCAUGUGCUGCUUUUGCUAUCAUGUCAUUGAGUUUGUCGAGGCAAACUCAAUGUGGAUUUGAAAUCGAUCUUCUCUAUUUCUUCCUCGGGUGUCUAAUUGUGCAACUCAUGAAGAUUAAAUUGCAGUUAUUCAUUCUUGGAGCAGGUUUCAGCUACUCUCUUAUUAUUCUCCGUUCUUUUUUCUCUCCUAUUGAUGCUAGAGGAGAUGAUCAAUACUCUCAACUCCAGGAUGAAAAUUCGGUGGUUCUUUAUAUGAAUUCUCUACAACUCGCCAAUAUUGAUAUCGCUAGCGAUAGCAAUAGAAUAGAUUCAUCACAAUUGAUGAUCGCUAAUGAUAUUAGUAGUGUGAUGGAACAACUCAUGGCUUUUGUGAAGGCACUUCAGCACGAAAGUGUAAUUAUCAUUCAAAUGAUUUUUGUGCAUGUAGAAAAAUACUAUGCUAAAAAACAAUCUCAGUUUGUGUUCAAUGACCCUAACUUCAUGAUGGAUGCAUUUAAGCUAGAAACUAUCAAAGGCCUCGAGAAAACAGCAAAGGUUAUGGUAUGCUCUGGGUUUGGGAAAGAUUUUUCCAUUGUGUAUAAUAGUUGUAGGAGGGAAUGCUUGGAUAAGUGCCUAAAUAGAUUAUUCAGUUUAGAAAAGUACAACAUCCAGGACGUUCAUAAUAUCCCGUGGAAAGAACUCGAAGACAAUAUUGAAAGUUGGAUUCAUGCUUCCAAUGUUGCUCUAAAGAUGCUUUUCCCUGGCGAGCGACAACUCUGCAACCGCAUCUUCUUUGGAUUCUCAUCCGUUGCUGAUUUCUCUUUCCUGGACAUUUGCAAGGGAUGGACCAUUCAACUUGUGACUUUUGUCAAUGCUAUUGCCACCAGAAGCCAUUCGCCAGAGCGUUUGUUUAAAAUUCUAGAGGUGUUUCAAACAUUGUGUGACCUAAUUCCGGAAUUUGAGUCAUUAUUUUGUGAUCAAUACAGUGUCUCUCUAAUAAAUGAAGCAAUGACCAUAUGGAAGAGACUCAAGGAAUCAAUCAAAGGCAUAUUCAUGGAGUUGCAGUAUCUGAUUGGUAAAGAUCCAGUUAACGUGACAGUUAAUGGUGGCGGUCUUCACCCGAUUACCCAGUACGUGAUGAACUACCUAAGUGUAGUUUGUCAAUCCCGACAAACACUAGAGCAAGUGUUUGAAGAUUCCUCAUUUUCUCAGACGAUUCAUAGGAUUAUGGAUAUAUUGGAGAGUAAUUUGGAAAUGAAGUCCAAAUGCUACGAGGAUCCAUCUAUAGGCUAUAUUUUCUUAAUGAAUAACAACACGUAUAUAGUUCAAGUGACCAAAGAUAAUGAAUUGGGAACCAUUUUGGGGUAUGAUUGGCUCCAAAAACACGCUCUGAAAGUUUGGCACUACUAUGGUAGGGAAGUUCAACAAUCAUCGAACAAAACCCGACACUACGAUGGCAGGGAAGUUCUACAAUCAUUGUACAACGCCCGACAGAUUGGUAAAAUAGAUCGGAGCAAUGUGGAAGGUUCCGAAGGAUCAAAGGGGUAUGAAAGAGAUGUGCAAUUGAUAGAAGCAUCACUUACUCAACUAGAAAGAAUUGGGACAAAGGACUCAGAGACAGAGAUAAGAACAAUAGUAAUCUCUCCCUCACAACAGUUUGGGAUGGCUCAUAAAAUGUCACCAGACGAUGGCUUUACCUGGAAAAAAUAUAAGGAGAAAGAGAUGCUUGACUUCAAAUACCCGAGGAGUUACUACAUGUGCAACCACAUGACUAAAUAUUCAGGUGGAUUCAAGAAGAAAGUACAACAACUUGAUGACAAUCCAAACAUGUUUGAAGUAACAUACAAGGGUGGACAUUCCUGCUGCAUGUCCUUAACAAAGGCAUCAUUAAUUUUACCACCACGAAAAAUAAGGAAUACCUCAAACUCAAAGGAUAUCAUCACUCAAACCACUAUGCCUCCAUCAUCAACUUCAUAUUCUAGGUGGCUUUCAUCCGCCACACCAGUUAAAUCCAUAAGCUCUAUCCCAGAGGUCAAUCUACCUGCUCCGGCCAACGGUGGGCAUCAUCCUAUGAUGUACAACGUCGCCGACUAUCUUGUUUCUGCUAUCAGAUCGCAAAAAAUCAACUUUGUUAAUGCCGACAGAGCAUUUUCAACACAAACAGAGGAGCCAAUGAAACUGUUAGAAAGCAUUCUGGAAUGGAAGUCUAAAAUUUAUGCGGACACUUCGAUGCGUCAUUUUUUCAUGAUGAAUAAUUGGAGGUAUUUAGAAGUUGCAAUUCAAAGAAGGGAAUUGAAUGAAAUUUUUGGAAAUAUUUGGUGCCAAAAAUUCAGAGUAAAAGUUCAACAAAAGCUUGAACUUUAUCAAAGAAACUCAUGGGAAAAAGUGUUGGAUUUUUUGAAGUUAGAUAUCAAUGACUCCUCCGUGGAAAUUAAUUUAGCAGUAGAUUCGAUGAAAGAAAAUCUCAGUUGUUUUAACAUGCACUUAGCAGAGACACUUAGAAUUCAAUGCACAUGGUCUGUUCAUGAUGAGAAGCUAAGGGGGGAAAUAAUUUCAUCUCUCAAAAACAUCUUGCUGCCUGUGUAUGGAACCUUCAUUGGGAAGUUUCAAAAUUUUCUUAAAAACGAUGCUUACGAGUAUAUCGAGUAUGGAAUUUUUGAUAUUGAAGAUGUACUUGAUAGUUUGUUUCUUGGAAACAAGACAGAUGAAUGAAUCAUUUGGUUUGUGAAUCAUGGGCCAGCCUGGGCACUUGCCCUCUUGAUAGUUUGCUUUUGCAUUGUAGGUUUGGUUUGUGUAUAUAUAUCAGUUUGUCCUUUUUCUGAACAUAAGCACUUUGUGAGAGUGUUUGUUAGAUUUUAUAGAAACCUCAUAAUGUAUAUAAGUUAUUUUCAGUUUAUUUUUGUUCGCUACAAACAACAUCCAAAUUAAGUAAAUGAUUAAUCUAAAAUAUCUGCAAAGGAGUGAUUGGAGACAGUGUAUAACUGGUAGAAGACAGAACAAUAUUUCACAACAAUGCGGCAUUAACAGGCAGCAUUCACAAAUAUUUAAGCAGAAUGUAUAAACGCAGAAGCCUGAGAUUCCGAGAUAUGCACUCUAUAUUCUCAUUGUGGUAGAUUUCUUCUAAUAUAAUCAACAAUUCAACAUGAUAUACAAAUUUACAAAGGAGUUGUUGAAUCAACGAAAUCAUAAGUUGGAACUGUAAUUCAUUAUACCCCAAACUAUAGCUUCAAACAGCUACUACAAACAAGGAAGUGCACAAGUAAAUGUGGCAUUUCUUAUUAAUAUAGAGGAGUUUUCAUGUUCUGCAUCAGAAUUCAAUUGUUCUCCAGCAUUAUUUUGUUGGCUACUAUUACUAUAACUAUAAUCAGAUUUUAAUUCAUUUCUAUU